AUGGAUAUCUAUGUUAUCCAACCAACUUAUCCACAAGGUCUCACAAUAAGGUCGCCUUUUAACGCCUAUAUAAUGGGGCUUGGCCGCAAACCAUUUUACCAAGAAAACAAAGGCAAACCAAAUUACCUGACCUGCUUUGUGCAUCUGUUUGUUUGUGUGCUUGUACUAAAUUGUAGCAAUAUUACUAUUAUGGCAACUCGGGAAGAGCUAGCAAAGCUUGGAGGGGAGGCUUUUGCCAUGCUAGACAAGUUCUAUGGCCGGCCUGGCAAGAGGCCUCCAUUUCCUCAAGACCAACCAGCUCGUUCAGGGAGACAACCAGCUCCUUUUAGGAAUGAUCAGGCUGUUCUUGAUAGCAAGGACGCAGCCCUGCUAUUUGGGGGGAUAGAGAUUAUAGAGUACCCCAAGAUUCGCCGCUAA